UGAUUUUCGUAGUGUGCUCGCAGUGCUUUUUAGCUUUGUAUUUUUGUUCAGAGCAGUAAAAUCAGUAAAAUCUUUUAAUAAUUAUAAACUUAUUGUGUCUUAGCAAUGAAUGCUGUGCAUAGAAUCCGUUUGUUAACCAGUAGUGCAAAUUGGAUAACUCGCCAGUAUGCAUUCAAAUCUGAUCUGAAAAUUAAAUGGGUUCGGCCGGAGAAAAUUCCUUGCUACAAACCGGAGAAGAGCGGUGAUCAGCAGCCCAUUCGAGCAUUCGACGGAAGCGAAUCAUUGAAAGAUUACCGAGAUUUGCAGGAACUGGAAAAUGCGGAUGAAGCUGUGAAAAAUCUGUUCACUAUUCGGCAUAAUCGAAGGAGGGAGAUGUUGGAAAAUUUCAAGGAAGAGAUGGUUAAGCGGGUACAACGGCAUGAUCUGGACUAUGGCUCCAUUGAAGCAAAGUUGGGCUUGAUGACCGCACAGAUAAGAAGUCUGCAGGAAGUGAUGGAAAAAUUCCCUCGGCAAUCCGGUGCUAAAGUACAUCUUAAGGAGAUGAUUGACAAAAGGAAAAAAUUUCUCCGUUAUCUGAGGCGAUGGGACUAUCGACGGUUUGAGUAUAUUUUGGAGAAACUGGAUCUUGUUUACAAACCUGCCCCGGCACACUUUCAUUGGAUUACUAGAAAAGAUUCACUGCGGAAGCUGACCGAUAUCCAUUGCAACGAAAUCAAAGCCACGCGUCUGCAAAACUACAGAGAGGUUUUGGAGUCCCAACAGCUUGAUUUCCUUUCUAAAAAGUUGGAAAACUUGGAGUUUAUUAGAAAAGAACAGUUGGAAUGUAAAGUUCCGGUGACUGUCUCAGCAGAGCAGAUUCAGUCAGUGAAGAAGCAGUAUGAAGAGUUGAAAGAGAAACGGAAGCUACUAGAAGAAAAACAGCACGAAGAACAAGACUAAACAGAUUACUAUAAAAUGUUACUUUUAUUUCAUGUAUAAAAAUAUAAUAAAAUUAUUAGUUUCUAAUAGAGUAUUGUA